AUGGAGGUGCUGAACGCAUUUUUUGCGACGAGUGCGCCGAUGAGCUUCGCUUUUUCCGGCCGCGACCUUAGCGUGGAGAACGAGGAGGAUCACCCACAACCAUUUGAGCCUGCUGAGACGCUUUACCGCCCCGAGUCAGACGAAAGCGCCUUCCUUCUCUGGUGCAAAGACCCCAACUCGCUCGGCAACCACAACCUAGGGGUGAACUCCAACGACCACGAGGCCAAGUUUCGCACCGUAUUUGGCAUGAUGGGUGACCACUUCAAGUUGUCUCGCCUGCGGGGUCAUGUCUGGCGUGAAUGGCUCUGGGCGCGACCUCCUCAAGUUCUUUGCACCUGA